AUGGCGAUGAACGAGAAAGAUGUGAGGUUCAAGAAGAUGCAAAAUGCUACACAAAAGGAUGUUCAACAAGUCUUCGGAUUACUUCCAGCUUGGUGGGGAGUCAUCAGAGGUGCUACCCGCCCUUUGUAUAUUGAGCAUCUCAGAGAGAUCAUGAUGGCAAGUAUCAUCAUGCACAACAUGAUUAUGGAGAAUGAAGGAGAAUGUGCUCUGAACUGGAGAGAUGCCGAUUUGGGAAACGGGGCGUAUAGCAGUGGCUUAUCUGAUGCUCACCGAUCACUCGCACCUAGCUUCAAAGAUUAUUUGGCGAGAAAUUCAAUUCUCAGAGAUAGGCGAAUGGCUACACAACUUCAACAAGAUUUGAUCGAGCACAUUUGGGCACGUUCGGACCUCUAG